GACGCCUCUCCCCAGCAUAUUCGGCACGGCCUGGAGAACGAGGCUCCACACCCGGUCUUUGUCUCCGCCUCAUCGGGCUCGCAACCCCACAAAGAGCCAAGAGACAAGCCGAUGGCCCCAGACCCGGCACCACCGAGCCACGACUGUCUCUGCUUUUGGGUUUCCAUUACCCCCAGAUUUUCCCAUCACGGGUUUCCAUUACCCCCAGUUUACCUGAUGAGCUGCUAUGGGCGAAGGCUAACGCGAGCUAACUGUGUGCGUUUGCUGACUUGA